AUGGUACGCAACAUUCUCCUCUUCUCGGGCACCUCGCACCCGCAGCUCACGGAGCAAAUUUGCGUCCACCUCGGAAUCCCGUCGGCCAAGAUUCACCUCUCCAAAUUCAGCGUCGGCGAAACUCGCGUAGAGAUUGGCGAAAGUGUUCGAGGAAAGGAUGUCUUCAUAGUACAAAGUGCCUGCUCUUCGAAAUCGGCGCCUGGAAGCGGCGCUGUAUCUUCGCUCAAUGACGGUCUUAUGGAGUUAUUGAUCACCAUCAGCGCCUGCAAGACAGCCAGCGCCCGGCGCGUCACUGCCGUUCUCCCGCUGUUCCCAUACUCUCGCCAGAGCGAUCUACCUUACAACAAAGUAGGCGCUCCGCUUGCGCGCAUGCCCGUAAAGAACGGCGACGAUGCCAAAUAUACCUUCGACUCACGACCAGGCACUCCCGGCCCAUCUUCACAACCACGAGAUGAUAAGCUAGAAAAGAAGUUGAAUGGGUUGAAGCUCAAUGGUGACCUCAAGCUCCCACAGCGUGCCCGGACAAACACAUUGGACAGUGUCAAAUCAAAUGACUCGGUUGCAUCGGCCGGCACCGCCAAUGGAGCCUCGCCCAAUGCUGGGACUGCUGUGUUGCCAGAUUUCAAGCCGCAACGAGGAUAUAAGCAAUGGGUUGCUCAGGCCGGCACUUUGGUAGCCGAUCUCCUUACUUGUGCGGGCGCCGACCACAUCAUCACCAUGGAUCUACAUGACCCACAAUAUCAGGGCUUCUUCGACAUUCCUGUGGACAACCUAUACGGACGCCACCUUCUCAAGCGGUACAUCACCCACGAGAUCCUUCCUGGAAACGGCGGUGGUGAUCGUUGUGUGAUUGUCAGCCCUGAUGCGGGAGGAGCCAAGCGCGCAACCAGUCUGGCAGAUGCGCUGCAUAUGGAUUUCGCUUUGAUCCACAAGGAACGACGAAACCCAAAUGCCGCCAGUGCCAACGCCAACAGUACCCUUCUUCUUGUUGGCGCUGUCUCCGGCAAGACGUGUAUCCUUGUCGACGAUCUCGCCGAUACUUCCAACACCAUUACCCGCGCCGCAAAGCUACUCAAACGCGAGGGCGCCACCAAAGUCUAUGCGCUCGUCACACACGGUGUUCUCAGCGGCGAUGCCCUAGAGCGCAUCUUCCACUCAGGACUAGACAAGCUGGCUGCCCAACACGGCCGCCCUGCCGGUAAACUCGAAGUGCUCGAGGUUGCCGGGAUUUUCGCCGAGGCAAUCCGUCGCGUGCACCACGGCGAGAGCAUCAGUGCGUUAUUCCAGUAUGAUUAG